GUCCGCGAGGCGCCGCUUGGAGCGACGACGCCGGCGGCAGCGCAGCUCACGCGGAAACGCCCCUGCACUCGCACGUGGAAGGCAUGGGCUGCAGCAUGCUGACGGCGGCGUUCUUCGUGGUGAGCGUCUACCUCCUCGUGCACCACCAGCACCACGCGGUGAGCGGGCACGCGCUGCCGCUGCCGCCUUCGGAGGGCGGCGCGGGGGGCGGCGCGGGGGGCGGCGCCGGGGGCGCGCUGCGGGGCCGGGCCCUCGUGCUGGGGCGACGCGCGCCGCCCGUGGCUCCGCAGCUGCUCCGCGCCCGCCUCGCAGUCGCCGACGACGCCGCCGUCCAAGGCCUCCUGGGAGACUUCGUCGUCGACGACGAGGAGCUCGGCGAGAUGAGCAAGAGGCAGUCGGACGACUACGGCCACAUGAGGUUCGGGAAGCGGGAGCCCUUCGACGACUACGGACACAUGCGGUUUGGGCGCAGCGCGGAAUAACGACGCUUCCAGUGUCAAUUUAAUGAAUUUAAAAUAAAAUAAAGUGAAAAUGCACUCA